CCCGCAAUGCGCAGGCGCAGUGAAGAACGGACCCAGGGUGACUUCCUCUUUGCUCUUUGGAAACGAGUAAACUUGAAAAGCAAAACACAAGUUGCAGAGCUUGAGAUGAACGACCUGUCUAGUGAAUUUAGGAACAACCUUGCAUAAACUCCGCACCAUGAAUCUGUUCUUAGCCUCUCUGUAGAUUCGUUCGACGGAGUGUGUCUACCUCUUAAAGUGACUUCACUUUGAGUCCCUGCACCACCAGAGAGUAACGACUAUGUUCAGCACAGGCAUCCUCGUGCUGACGUCUCCGCUGCACGUCCUCCCUCUACGCAUCGCUCCAGUACUCAGCUCUGCUGCCCAGCUCGUGGACCGCACCCUGUACAUCCACCUCCACCCUGGGUUGAACCUGGGAAGUGGGAGCCCGCCUCGGCCAGUUUACCUCCCGCCUGUGGUGGAUCUGUCCACGUUCAUUACUCGCUUGUACAGCAAUGCGGCCGACGUCUGCGGCCACCUGGACGUUCGUUUUUUGCUGACCAAUAUCCGCGCUCAUCCGACCGCUUGCAGCGGUAGCCAGACUCCGAGCUCGCCCUUCCCCACCCCGCAACCGCUGUCUCACUCCCCAGAGGUUGUGCUCACGGACUUUGCGGUGCAGGACCCACACCAGACCAAUCAGGUCACACAGUGUCUGGAAAAGUACGCCGGCUGCUGCUACGUCUGUCGGCCCGGCCUUUCGUCGGUGCUUCUUCACCCGCAGCUGCAGGAGAAUGAAGACAGGCUGAGAAACCAGGGAGAAAAAUUAGAGUGUUUGGAGACCUACAGCGACGUAGUGGUAGGGGGAACGUUUGACCGCCUUCAUGGGGCCCACAAGUCACUACUUAAUGUUUCAUGCGUGUUGGCAAGUAAACGGUUUGUCAUCGGUGUGUGCAACCAGGCGAUGCUGAAAAAAAAAGUGUUAAAGGAGCUGGUUGAACCUUACUCUUUGCGGGUCCAGAAACUGAAAGAGUUUCUACAAGACACCAAACCCUCACUCCAGGUGGAGAUUGUGCCUCUGGACGAUCCCUUCGGUGUGUCUAUAGUAGACCCCUUGCUAAAGUGCAUUGUGGUCAGUGAAGAGACUAAAAAGGGAGGCGAAGCGGUUAACCAGAAACGAAUUGAGAACGGUCUUCAGCCACUUGUCCUUCAUGAGAUCCAGUUACUCAAAGAUGUCCACCACACUGACAUAGAGGAGGAGAAGAUCAGCUCCUCCAGCCUCCGCUUCCGUCUGUUGGGUACUCUCCUCGCUCCUCCAAAGGACGCCUCCCAUCUCCCCACCCUGCCAUAUGUGAUUGGACUGACGGGAGGCAGCGGCAGCGGAAAGACCUCCAUUGCCAAGCAGCUGGAAGCUCUGGGUGCAGUUCGCAUCGACUGCGACAAACUAGGUCACGAAGUGUACCAGAAGGGAACCGCGGCCUAUCACAAAGUACUGGAAGUCUUUGGGUCAGAAAUUUUGAACGAGGAUCAGAGUAUCAACAGGCGAGCUCUGGGGAGGAAAGUCUUUGGAAACAAGGAGCAGUUAAAAGCAUUGACAGAUAUUGUGUGGCCUGAAAUCGCUGAGCUAGCACAAAGCCGAAUCCACCAAGCCCGAGAAGAAGGUAAACGUGUUUGUGUGGUGGACGCAGCUGUUCUCCUUGAGGCUGGCUGGACAGAUUGGAUGCAUGAGGUCUGGCUCACCAUCAUCCCAGAGGAGGAGGCAGUGUUGAGGAUAACCGAGCGGGAUGGGGUGACUGUGGAGGACGCCCAGCACAGGCUGCAGAGUCAAUGGUCCAACAGCAAGCAAGUCGAGCACGCCAAUGUUGUUCUUAGUUCUCUGUGGGAGCAGGAGAUCACUCGCAAACAGGUCCUGAAAGCCUGGAACCUUCUUCAGCAGAGAAUCCAGCUGAAGCUGGGAGGACUGGAAGGUGAUGCUGGAGGCUCACAUCAGGUCUGACUUGUUUCCAGGCCCAGGGACGUGUGCAAAAAGGACGGAGCCACAUAAAGUUGUGCUGCCUUUGAUGGGUCAGGGUAGCCAGUAUUCCAAUGCUGCACAGCCAUCCAGCUGUCUCACUUCAACAGUCAGUGCCUGUGCCAGGUGCCUGUUUUUAAAAUGGGAUUUUAGCCUAGUUUAAAACUGACUAACCAAAUAUUUUCAAUCUUCAAUUUGGAAGUCAUAAUUGAAAUGUAUAAAAUAUGAAUGAGUCUAAGUGUUUUUAAGUCUUUCCUAAUUCCAAAACAGUCAUUUCAAAAGAUCAGUUUGUUUUCUGGUUAUUCAGAAAUCAUCCACCUUUGAAUUUUAAUUAUUUAUAUUGCACAAUUCUUCUGGAGCAGAAAGUCUAUAGAAGGCAAAACACGGACUGUGGAUACUAAAAAGAAGGUGUUAGGCUUAAAAAAAAAAGAAUUUAAAGUUCAUUACAAAGAAAAAUGACGUAAGUACAGCAGCUUAGUUCAAAGAAUAGAUUUUGGGUACUGGUGAAUAACGAUCAAUCUUUAAAAUGUUAGUAAAAAGUCUAUUGAAAUCAUUUAAGUGCAAUAAUCUAGAAAAAACUAUUGUGACAUUUAAAUGUCAACACUGAAAGUUAAAUUCCAUGUUUACACAUUUUCCUUCAAGCCAGUUUCAUCUCAUUCACUGCUUUAUUGUCAGAACAAUAAAUAUUUCUUUACCAA